CGGGGCGGAGCAGCGGGGUGACUUGUUGAGGAAUUGCCUUCCCCGGAGCCUGGCUGGACCUGGGGUGUUUUUGUGGCCUAGCGAGGAGCGGUUUCGUUUCCCAAACUGUUGGCAUCUUCUUGCCUGGAUUCAGUCAUUCCCAAAGGAAUGGAGGAAUGCAGCUGAUAAGUCCUUAACCACCCUGUGCUCCCACCAGAAGCUGGCUUCGUCUUCUCUGCCUUGGCACCCUUGCGGGGGGGGAGCUCUCUUUGUUACCUGCCCUGGGUACCUUUUCAGUGACACUACAGACCAAAGGAGAUGGAAGAAAAGGAGCGAUGUGAUAAAUUCCAGCUGUUACAUUGAGACUAAGGGGAUUUGUAUCUUUUGACUUACUUUUUUUUUUCCUGUGGGGGGAGGGAAGUGUUAUGUUUUAUGGGAUAUGGGAAGGAGGGAAAAUAUGUUGCAGAUCUUUAUGUGGUUUUUAAAACCAGCCAUCAGAGGCAAUUACUGAAUAAACUGAAGCACAAGAGGAGGGUUUGUGAGCUGGAAGCAGCACGAGCCUGCAAAAGAAAGGGGCAGUGGGCUGCUGUUGUGACUGUGGAGGAAGAAACUUCAGCCUCCUUCAUUUCUCGCCACCUACUCUCCAUCCACCCUCUGCGAAAAUGAGUUGUGUGCCAUGGAAAGGGGACAAGACCAAAUCGGAAUCACCAGAGCCACCCCAGCUGCCACCUCUGCAUAUUUACCAUGAGAAGCAGCGCAGGGAGCUGUGUGCCCUCCAUGCCCUCAACAAUGUCUUCCAGGACAGCAACGCCUUCACUAGGGAAACUCUGCAGGAGAUUUUUCAGAGGCUGUCUCCCAACACCAUGGUGACACCCCACAAGAAGAGCAUGCUGGGAAAUGGGAACUAUGAUGUGAACGUGAUCAUGGCAGCUCUUCAGACCAAAGGCUAUGAGGCAGUUUGGUGGGACAAACGCAGGGAUGUUAAUGUCAUUGCCCUGUCUAAUGUGAUGGGCUUCAUCAUGAACCUGCCCUCCAGCCUUUGCUGGGGCCCCUUGAAGCUCCCCCUCAAGCGACAGCACUGGAUCUGUGUCCGGGAGGUGGGAGGCACCUACUACAACCUCGACUCCAAACUCAAGGCGCCAGAGUGGAUUGGAGGUGAAAGUGAGCUCAGGAAAUUUUUGAAACACCAGCUGAGAGGAAAGAACUGUGAACUCCUGCUGGUGGUGCCAGAGGAGGUGGAAGCACAUCAGAGCUGGAGAGCUGAUGUGUGACCCAGAGUGACUCUGUCCUCCACCUACAGCUCUUCCCCUUUACUGAACUCCCAGUGUCUGAAACCUGGAUAAUGGUGCCCUGACUCUCCUCGUCUGGAACUUCCUUCGUUAGGCUCUUCUCUUCCUUCCUUGGUGCAAUAGGGCAACGGUGUAGGACAUUGGGGGUGGUGGGUGGGGAAGAACUGAGGGCAGAGCGAAGGAAACUGGAAGGCAAUCACUUCAGUUGGGAAGGCAGAUGAGCUGUGUGUGUCCUUCAGCUUGCUGGAAGAUGUUGUUCUCUUUGAAACUGGGCUUUGGUGUCUGGAAGCCACUGGCCUCCUUUUUCCCCACAUUGUUCAAGGCAGCAUGGUGGGACACUGCUCCCUCCAGGGCUUGCUGAGGAGGAGCACACUGAUGCCUCUUCACAAGUCUGUCCCUCCAAAACAAGUUGUUGUGAAGAUGUUUGCAACUCCUUAGGGUCUCUCAGGACACUCUAAAACACUAGGAAUGGUACGGUGCUCAGCACAACCCUCUGCUUCCUGGGGAUGGUUUGUGCCAGGAAUGAGAAAACAGUAAUAAAAACAGCGUCAUCUUUCAAGAACUUCGUUGGGUAGCUAGAGGAUUCUUCCCCAGUGUCUCCAGGGAUUUAUGUAUGUGCUGAGUGGUGGUUGGGCAGCAUGUGGCUGGCUGAGGCUAUUUGGAGACAGCAAGCGCAGGCUAAUUGAGGAGUAUCGAGUUUCUGGACUGGAGAGAGGCUGAGGUCUGCUUGGGUAUCUUUGUGCUACAUUGAGUUUUUUCUUUUAUUUUAGUAUCUAUUUUGGUUUUCUGCAUGAUUGCCCAGUUGUUCAGGGGCUACUCAGAGACAGGAAUAAAACUUAAGGGGUUUUGAGAGGAAUUCAUUCCCUUGUACCUUCCAGAAGUCUAGCUCACAGUCACAGAUGUCGUGCAAAAUGUCCCAAAAGAUAAAAAGUUACAAAGGAAAAGUCUGCUGAGGAGGAAAGCUUUUAUAAUAGUCAGGUUUGGCCCUUUUUGUAGUUACUAGCUGGUAACGUGGGACAUGCAGAGGGUCCACCAGAGCCUUUGAGCAUUAGAGAGACCCUGGCCUGGCAGUUGAACCAACCUCCCUGUUAGCGUUAGCCGACACACAUUCCAUUAAUGGACAGAUUGCUUUUUCCUCCUCUCCUUUCCAUGGGGAAGAGCUACUAGGCAUGGAGAUGUUCAGAGGAAUCUCCAUCAACUCUUUCCCUGUCACCAGGGCGAGCUGUAAAUCAGUCAUGCCUUCCACAGCAGGAGGAGGAAAUGCUGAAUUUAGAUGAGACUUUGAAACAUUCAGCCCUUCCUGGCCAAGCUGCAGUUUGCUUCCCUCUUUUUUACAUGCAGCAUGGUCUCAGUUCAGCCACAAUCUCUGGGAUGUGAAGGAGCUUGAAGGAUCCUGCUCCAUCGUGCAGGCAAGUCUCAUUACUGGCAUCUGAGCUUACAAAAGAAGGGGUUGUAAUAACUUCUCUUGGUUAUUUUUCUCUGGAGAGCUCCGCAAAAGCCUAAGUGGAUGCUCAAAGCUGAGAGACCACAACGUGCACCUUCCUAAGAGAACAGAAGCUGCAUGACAACAGGAUGAUGCUGUUCACCCACCCCAGGGCACCUGGCAAGCACCUUUUUGCAGCCUUCUGAGCACAGCCUCCCACAGCCGAGGGCAAACGGCUCUUUGGUUUUAAAGACCUGACGUUUCUAUAAAAAGUCCUAUUUCGUAACACAUUCCACUGACCAAUACCAGCUGGAGGAGUUUUGAAACACUUUACAGGCAGGAUGCACAGCCUGCAGGCAUUCUGCUCCUGACUUGAAGCCAUUUCUUCAAGAGGGGAAAAAUAAAUCUCAACAGCAAUGUUUUCUAUGCUGAUUUAAGUCGCACUUUGGAGAAACCCUGUUAGCAUGGGAACUGCAAGCCAACGGAUCAGUGCACAAUAUGCAAAGAUGUUUUAAAAUAUUUUGAGGCUACUUUCCUCUCCUUCUGUGUCAGCACCUUUUCCUUGGGGAGGGGGAACAAGUGUGAUCCAGCUGCUCAGGUAAAGGGAAAGUGUAGGAUCACACGCCUGGAGAGGCAAGCCCGUCCAGUCCCACCUGUUGGGAGCGGGGAACCCCCAUUUGUUUUCUUGCUUGUUUGGUUUUGUUAGAGCCUGGUCUUGGGUUUGUUUACAGAGAUGUAUUUUGUUUAACCAAAUAUUAAAAAUGGAAAAAAAACCCAACACAUUUCCACAUAAAUGUCCUAUCACUUCUGUAUGUUCAGCUGAAUUGUUCUGUAACCAAGUAUGUAAAGGAAAAAUAAAUUUUUUUUUCUUUGGUUACAAAA